AUGGCACUGAAGCUACCAUAUGAUUUGGAAGAGGACAUUCUCGCCAGAGUUCCAUGGAAAUAUCUUGCAACGUUGAGAUGUGUAUGUAAGCUUUGGAAUAGUCUUAUAUUGGAAGAGAGACUCAACAAGAAGAACUUGUCGUUUCACAUGCACAGCUAUAGUGGUGAGCAUCGGUUUAUACUCAAAGACACUGGUCCUACGAUUUCUGCCGUGGGCAUUGAGGAGCAGAAAAACGUGGUCGAUCCUCCGUCCUUGAUCGUCCAAGACUUUACCCUUAUAAAAGCUCGAACAUGUAAUCCAGUUAGGGUGUACAAGACUGUUCAUUGCGACGGUUUGUUGUUGUGUGUCAUGGACAACCAGCUUGUGGUCAGGAACCCGUUACUGAAGGAAACAACCUGGAUCAAAUGCGGUAGUGACUUUCACCAACGAGAUGAUGCUUACAGCCUUGGAUACCUCAGCCACUGUGAUUACAGGAUCUUAAGGUUUCGUUGUGCUAGUAAUUCCAGAAUACCUUCAAGGGUCGAGGUCUGUGAAGUUGCAUCCAAGACAUGGAAGGUUAUAGAUAACAUCAGUUUUGAUUGGUUCCUUAGCGUGCCGUUGUCGAUCCUCUCUCUGAGAGGAACUCCUUAUUGUAUAGGUCUUCGAGAAGAUCAUACAGCUUUUGUACAAAGCUAUGAUUUUUACAAAGAAAGGUUUCAGCCCAUAGAUGACUUGCCAUUCAGCUAUGAUGAGUUGAAUCCUAUUGCACUAGAGAUUUAUAAAGGAGAUAGGCUUUCGGUGUUGGAGCAAUGUCACAAAACAAGGAAGAUAUGCAUAUGGGUGAAGCAUUGGCUCAUGCUUACUCUUGGACCAAAUUGGUGGUCGUGGACAUACCAGAAGUCAUCAACGACAAGGAGUUCCAAGUAA